AUGAUAUACAUAGAUUCCUUAGCUUGUUCGGUCGGUGGGGACAGAAACAAAUCAUGUAUUCAUGUGGAGACCAUAGCAGCGGGAAUUGUGAUUGGUAUCAUACUACAUGCUGGUAACCAUCUUGCAUGUGAUUUUCCAAGGCUUAUCAACGAAGCGGAUGCAAUUUAUAACUGGCUUCUCGUAAAUGAUUUUGGAAGUAAUAAGCCCGGUUAUGGAGACCUUAUUAAAGGACCUGAAGGCGUGACAGGAAUACUGAUGGUAAUCUUGAUGCUUAUUGCUUUUACACUUGCAACAAGAUGGUUCAGGCGAGGCCUUAUUAAGCUGCCCAAGCCUUUUGAUAGACUCACUGGAUUCAAUGCAUUUUGGUACUCUCACCACCUCUUUGUCAUUGUGUACAUACUGCUCAUCGUCCAUGGCAUGUUCCUCUAUCUUGUGCACAAAUGGUACAAGAAAACGACAUGGAUGUAUCUUGCAGUUCCUGUGCUCCUAUAUGCUGGGGAACGGACUCUGAGAUUCUUCAGGUCGGGCUUAUACACUAUCCGGCUUCUGAAAGUGAGUAUAAGUUAUGGUAUUUCUGAUAACUUGCUUCAGGCUUUCUGAAUUCUUGAUAAAAUUUGUUGAG